AUGGCUACUCACGUGGAAGAUGACAAGCUGAUAAUCCAUUAUUUCCAAGAUAGCUUUAGUGGGGCUCCUUCCAAAUGGUAUUUGAGUCUGGAUCAAAGAGCUCGUGUUGAGUAUGGCUUAAGAAAUGGUAAACUUGUAGCUGUGGCCGGAACUUCAAGUGUUAAUCCAAAGAAGUUCUCUGGAGGAUUUCCCAAAAAGAAGGAAGGUGAAACCAAUGAUGUGUCUAUUGGCCAAGGAAGAACUCUUCCAAGAAGAAGACAUCAACAACAAUAUUCACAACAGCAGUAUGCUUAUCAACCACCUCCAAUUUAUCGACCAGCUCCAGCUCAACAACGUGCUCCUGCUCCCCCAGAUUAUCAGCAAGCACCAGUCGCUCCUGCCUAUCAACAACCGAGAGCUCAAGCUCCAAGAAAAAAGGCUCAAAAUCAAAACAGGAGACAUGGGGAUAGGGCAACCUUCAAUCCAAUUCCAAUGUCAUAUAUUGAGCUCUAUCCCUCUCUGUUGCAAAAAUGUUUGGUGGUUCCUAGACCUAUGGGAUCUCCACCUGAUCGUCUGCCUCCCUGGUACAACCCUAAUGCACAUUGUCCUUUUCAUGAGGGUUCCCUCGGGCAUGACCUAGAGGGUUGCUAUGCUUUGAAGCAUAGGGUUCGUGAGCUGAUUGAUAGCAAGACUCUGUAUUUUAGGGAUAUAGGACCAAACGUGAAGAAUAAUCCUCUUCCUCUCAAUGGAUACCCUAUAGUGAACGCAAUUGAAGAUGCCUCUGCUGGUGUUAUGGUUGAUAAGGUUGAUGAUGCUAAGACUCCUUUGGCAGCAUUCCAUGCCCGAUUGGUCGAAGCUGGUAUGAUUGAUAAUGAAGAUGUGUCAGUAAUUGAACCUUGUUUCAAUUUACCUGAAUCGGUUGAAAUCCCUUACUAUAGUAGGAGAGUGAUGCCUACGAAUAGUCAUCCAUCACCUGUUGUGAUCUGUAUGCCUACGUCGUUUCCAUAUGAAAGCACCAAAUUUGUGCCUUGGAAAUAUGAGAUCACCGUUAUGGACAAGAUCGUUGAAGGAAGUGAAGAUAGUGAAGUGACAGAAAUUGUGAAUGAAGACGUCACCAAUAUUGCAGGAAUGAGCAGAAUGGCCCAUAGUGGUCGGAUCUAUACACCUGAAUUCAAUGUGACUCCUCAAGUACCGGCCAAGGAAUCUACAGUUAUAGCUCCUGCUAAAGAACCUGAAGUCGUCCAAUCUGAAGAUGUUGUUGAAUUCCUAAAGUUGAUAAAGAGAAGUGAUUACAAGGUUGUGGAUCACCUGCAUCAGACACCAUCUAUUUUGUCUCUGCUAUUGAACUCCCAAGCCCAUAGGGAGGCUUUGUUGAAGAUGCUUUGCCAAGGUCAUGUAACACAAAGCAUAACAGUAGACCAGUUUGAUGGGGUGGUUGCAAAUAUCACAACUUGCAAUACUUUAAGCUUUAGUGAACAGGAAUUACCUGAAGAUGGACAAAAUCACAAUCGUGCUCUCCAUAUCUCAGUGAAGUGCAAAGAUGAUGCUUUAGCAAGAGUUUUGGUUGAUACCGGAUCUUCUUUAAAUGUGAUGCCAAGAGAAUGCUUCCAAAGUUGUCUUAUCAAGUACUAG